UGGUUAUCAAAAUUGAGAAGAACCUUAGCUGAGAAUGUGAUCAAACCAACAAAAAGAGAGAGAGAGAGAGAGAGAGAGAGCAGAAUCAGAUGUCUCGAAGCGUUGUUGUGUGGCUUCACGGUCUUGGUGACUCAGGCCCUGCCAACGAACCCAUUAAGACCUUAUUCACUUCCCCCGAAUUCACCAACACCAAAUGGUUCUUUCCCUCUGCGCUUUCCUCUCCAGUCACUUGCAACUAUGGCCAUGAAAUGCCCUCAUGGUUUGACAUUCAUGAGAUUCCUGUGACAGCUGAUUCUCCAAAAGACGAGAAUGGUUUGCUUAAAGCUGUUCGGAAUGUGCAUGCUCUCAUAGACAAGGAAAUAGCUACCGGCACAAACCCUAACAAUGUAUUUAUCUGCGGAUUCAGUCAAGGAGGUGCCUUGACCUUGGCUAGUGUUCUACUGUACCCAAAAACUUUAGGUGGAGGAGCAGUCUUUAGUGGCUGGGUUCCAUUUAAUUCAUCUAUUAUAGAACAAAUUACACCUGAGGCAAAGCGGACACCUAUAUUAUGGUCUCAUGGGAUGGUCGAUAGUACAGUCUUGUUCAAGGCCGGACAAGCAGGUCCCCCGUUUCUUGAAAAAAUUGGUGUUAGCUGUGAGUUUAAGGCUUAUCCUGGUCUUGCCCACUCUAUAAGCAAUGAGGAGCUGCGAUAUCUUGAGUUAUGGAUCAAGGCACGCCUACAGAGUUCUUCCUAAUGUUUUCUGGUCUUGCAAUAUUUUUCUUUUUCUAGUUGGUGUAGUUUGGUAUGGUCUGCAAGACAGUUAUUCCUACUCAAAUGGGGAGAUAGCGAUGGCUACCUGCAUUGCAUAUUUAUGGUAAUAUUGAAUGGAAAAACAUAAAUUUAUAUGUAUAUGCGUAUGUGUAAUAUAUAUAUAUAUAUAUAUAUAUAUAUAUAUAUAUAUAUAUAAAAGCAAUUUUGUAAUUUUACAAUUUGUAGGAGGAUCCCAAAAAAUUACAGGGAAUUGGCAUCCUUAUUUUAAAUGUU